AUGGAGCAGGGGUUGUCCAGGUCAGGAACGUGGACAUGGCAUCCCGAUGACGUCGUUAAAGCACACAAAAUGCCAACGGGUGCCAAACAACUCCCGAAAAGCUGUACCCGGCUGACUUUCACGACGAAUCUACCACCGAUUGCACCCGAAAAGCGACUCAGACUCCUUCUGGAGCAAGAUGACGAACUUUCGAGAACAACAAGUUGGCGAACAUCAGCCGAGCACGGGAAAAACGGGCGCCGAGCUGCAAAAUCGACGCGAAGGGCGCCAAAAUUCGGUACAUGGACAUCAAAGGUCCAUACUCUUACAGUCCGACCGCUUUUUGGAGUGUGGGCUGCCAAAUGCCUCCACGAUGGCGGCGGACACCGAAUGGCCGGCGACGUCGACUUCACUCAACGAACCAGCAAAAUAAACCCUCGACGCACGAUGAGCGACGUACCUUCUUUGGCCGGGGGGAUGUCCGUUUUCGCCGUCUCAGUCGCUGUAGAUGCAACAUCCUUAUCCUCCUGUUGUGUAGAGCGGGUUCAUUUGGUCAGCGAACAGGAAGUUCCAGUGGGCAUCGCCGUCGUCGUCAUCCACGGCGCGUUGAAAGUUCCUUGA